AUGUCACCCCUCAGGCACAAACGCUCUAAGAGCGCCAUAGCACUUUCCCUUCUCCACCGCGACAAGUCCAAGGGCGAAGACAGAGAAGAAGACGACACCAGUUCUCUCGCUUCUGCCUCCACAAACGGACCCUCGUUGAAACACACCCGCAGCAGCAGCCGCCACAACCGUCGCAAACAAGCCCAAGACUCGAGUCCACCCCCGGCCAUCCAGGAACACGCGGAGGAUAUGGAUACCGUGGAAGAGAUGGCCCCGCUGUCUCAAAUGGAGACAGGGAGCAUGUCCCUCGAGCAGUCCGUCCGCACAUUCCGCCUAUUCGAGAUCCUCCGAAGCGGCGACACCACCGCCAUCGCCAAGGCGAUCAAGGACACAAAUGACCCGCAGGGAGCGAAUGCCCUGAGUGGCACAACCGUUCUCCACCUCGCCCUGCAGUGUGCCGAACCCCAAGUCGUGGAGUACGUACUAUCCGCCGCGGAAGAAACAGAUAUCAACUCAAGGGACCGGGAUGGCAAUACCCCUCUCCAUAUUGCCGCCCAACUGGGUCGGGGUCCGUUGGUACGCGAAUUGCUGAGCCGACCGACCAUCAAUGAUUCCAUCGUCAACUACCGCGGCCAGACCGCGCUCGACCUGGCUCGUACCCCUGAAAUCUUCCAGCAGCUCCAGCUUGCGCGGUCCCUGUUCAUCGACAGCAAGAACCAGGAAAUCCAGAGUCUGAUUGCAAAUGCCGAUUACCAGGGCUUGGAGGCUCUGUUGGAGGAGCCUCGGGUAGAGGGUAUCAUGGAUGUGAACAGCUACGAACUCGUUACCGAGCGGACCACAUCUCAAUCCGGUGGCACUCUUCUGCACGAGGGCGCGAGGAAUAAAGAUGCGCAGCUUAUCGAGAUUCUUCUGACGCACGGUGCGGAUCCGUUCCGUCGCGACAAGAAGGGCAAGCUCCCGCAAGAUGUCACUAAAGAUGAUAAGACCCGCGCUCUGUUGAAAAAAUCACCUGCUGCAGUUAUUGCGCAGCGUGGCAUUCAAGAGAAGGCCAUUCUUGGGAACAGUAACGCUCAGGGACUUGCCGGUCGCGUUUCAACUGGCGAUGCACCUUUGGCUGGAAAAGAUGCUCGAGAGAUGAGAGGCUAUCUCAAGAAGUGGACAAACUAUACAACUGGAUACAAGCUUCGCUGGUUUGUUCUCGAAGAUGGAGUUUUGAGCUAUUACAAGCACCAGGAUGACGCGGGCUCUGCCUGUCGCGGUGCGAUCAACAUGAAGAUUGCCAGACUUAACAUGGAUGCUCAAGAUAAGACGCGAUUUGAGAUUCACGGAAAGUCGUCGGUCAAGUACCACCUUAAGGCCAAUCACGUUGUUGAGGCAAAGCGGUGGUUCUGGUCCCUUAAUAAUGCUAUCCAGUGGGCUAAGGACGAGGCUAAGGAGGAAGAGAGACAGCGGUCGAAGAACGCAGAAGUGCUUCGCCAAGCUAAGAUUGAUCAGACAGAAGGUCGAGCUGCCGAUACUCCCUCUGAAUCUGGACUUUCUCACAAGCCUAGCACUAAGGGUUUGGCCCCACCAUCUCUGGGUGGUGCUAGCAGCUCUGGCACAAGAUUGAGCACUUAUGCAUCCCGCACCACUCUCGAUAUUCCUGCUGGAGAUGAAGACAGCUCCGCAUAUGGAGGGUCUUAUGACCAGAGCAACGCCCCCAACGAGAUGAACCGAGUGAUCAGUCACGUCACGACCGCACCCGAAGGGGACGGCGAAGAAGAGGAGUUCAUUGACUAUGGUUCAAGCCAUGAGAAUGAUAUGCCUGCUGCUGAUAAGGAUGCCUUGAACAUCACUGCGCAGUCCGCGAAGCUCCAAUUAGAUCUCCUGGCAAACGUCACUGCAUCUCUGCAGGCGGAGAAAGCCAAGAACCCCGACAUGACGAUUACGGAUCCCUCGCUCGAGCAAGCCCUUGGUGCAUACGAGGCUGCGGUUAGUAGUCUCAAGGGCCUAGUGCAAAACCUGCUCAAGAUUUCCCGGGACCGGGACUCCUACUGGCAGUCCCGCCUUGGCCGAGAAGAGUCCAUUCGCCAGAUGUGGGAAGAGAGUAUGGCACGUGUUGCUCGUGAGCACGAGGAACUUCAAUCUAAGAUGGGAGAGUCAGAGGAAAAGCGAAAGCGGACCAAGAAGGCUCUCAAGGAGGCUUUGGAGAGUGCAACUGGGAGUACCCGUUCAGUCGGAGCUGUGCCCUCGCAAGUACAAACAGAGAACCCAAGCCUUGAGGUCAGUCAAGUGGAAACCGAUGCUCCUGAGCCUGCUGAAGCAGAGAAGCCUGUCCAACAACCACCCACCAAGCCUGCUCUCAGCCGCAAUGCUUCCACAUACUCCACCAUGAGCAGUCUUUGUGAUUCAGAAUCGGAUGGGGAGGAAUUUUUCGAUGCUAUCGAUGCGGGCGAAAUUGAGGUCGAGGAUUUCAAUAAGGUUGAGAAGAACAAGAUGGAAGAGCCGAAGGAUGGAACCGCUGAGCUUCGCGCCGUGAAGUCCACUGUCAUUGCGCCCUCUUUCAAGGGUUACGAGGAACCUGUACGACAGCGCCUCAAGAUGGAUGCCGACGACCGGCCUAAGAUCUCUCUUUGGGGUAUUCUCAAAUCCAUGAUCGGAAAAGAUAUGACAAAGAUGACUCUUCCCGUAUCUUUCAACGAGCCCACCUCGCUGCUUCAGCGUGUGGCCGAGGACCUCGAGUAUACUGAUCUCCUUGAUAUUGCUGCCGACCGCACUGAUUCUAUGGAACGUCUGGUGUACGUCGCGUCUUACGCUGCUAGUGAGUAUGCCUCGACGAUUGGUCGUGUGGCCAAGCCCUUCAACCCUCUUCUGGGUGAAACCUUUGAGUAUGUGCGUCCGGACAAGGGGUAUCGAUUCUUUGUCGAGCAGGUCAGCCACCACCCACCUAUCGGUGCCGCGUGGGCUGAGUCGCCCAAGUGGGACUACUGGGGUGAAUCUUCCCUCAAGUCCAAGUUCUACGGCAAGUCCUUUGACAUCAACCUGCUGGGUACAUGGUUCCUGAAGCUGCGCCCUUCAUCCGGCGGAGAAGAACUUUACACCUGGAAGAAGGUUACCUCGUCGGUUAUCGGAAUCAUCACUGGUAACCCCACUGUUGAUAACUAUGGCCUGAUGGAAAUCAAGAACUGGACUACCGGUGAAGUCUGCUACCUUGACUUCAAGCCGCGGGGCUGGAAGGCCUCAUCCGCCUACCAAGUGACAGGCAAGGUCGUCGACAGCGAAGGCUCUCCAAAAUGGAGCAUCGGCGGUCGCUGGAACGAUAAGAUCUACGCUCGACACACGCCCGGUUUCGAGGCCCCGGUCUCUGGCCAGGACCCCGAGUCUGACAAGACCUUCCUCGUCUGGCAAGCCCACGAACGCCCCACUGGCGUUCCCUUCAACCUGACCCCCUUCGUCAUCACCCUCAAUGCCCUACCUGAAGGCCUCAAGGAUUGGCUGCCUCCCACGGACACCCGACUGCGUCCCGACCAGCGUGCCAUGGAAGAUGGUGAAUAUACACUCGCUGCCGAUGAAAAGCACCGCGUGGAAGAGAAACAGCGCUCCAAGCGCAGGGACCGCGAUACCAUGGGCGAAGUCUAUUCGCCGCAAUGGUUCGUUCGCGACCAGUGCCCUGUCACUGGCGAGGAGUUCUGGGCCCAUAAUGGAAAGUACUGGGAAUCACGAGAUGCGCAAGACUGGAGCAGAUCAGAGGAUAUCUUCUAA